UGGAACGGCGCUGUUGCAUACGCGGCAAAAUCGUUGUGGCGACAUAAAACGAGUACAAGCAGGCCGAUUUCGUGCGAAUAAAAAAUACGUCGGAUAAGCAUAUAUAAUUGAAAAAACGAAAACGAACAAAACAAAAAAAGAAAAAGAAAAACGCACCAAAUACGACCGUGACGCGAAUGUGAGGAAGCAGCAGUAGCAAAAAAAAAAAAAAACAUAUGGACACACGAUACGAGCACUUCGCGUAUUCGCCUGUUCGUUCAACCAAGAAUAGUCGUACAAUUGUACUGCUUUCGAAACGUUUAACCUAAUUAAUUGUAGUUAGAUAAUAUCUCUCAUUAAUGUGUAAUUUACGCGCGGAUGGCCAGCGACAUACAUGCAUACUAAAUGCCACGGCAUGGCAGCAUAUUUAGUUUCAAAUUAUAAAUGUUGAUGCUGGCGAGUACAAGGCGUUACUUGAGUGCGCGCAACGGGCGAAUCCACAGUGCAGAACGGAAAUUCUGGUGAAGUAGGCCAAAUAAAUAUAAAUAUACAACUUGUAUAUGUAUAUGCAAAUAUGUGUGUGUGUGUGCCUAUGCAAAUACGGGAAUGUUUUGCCAAGAAUGAAAGCAGAAAAAUAUUAAAAGAAAAUAAGAAUAAAAUAUAACUAACAGUGAAAAUGUAUUUACGCGCGGGCAAUACGGCCUUGAGCACUUAAAAAUACAAAUAAUAUAUAUAUGUAUAUAUACAUAUAUUAAUACCAAUGUUGGUACAUGCAUGUAAUUGUAAAUAAACAGUUAUAAUCUCAAUGAAGGUAAUGCAUCUAUGGAAACGCGCAACACACGUGACAAAUUUACGGCAAAUUGCUGAUUACGAAGGUGAGCACAAGCAAACAUAUAAAAUGACAGUUCGGAGAACUGUGCAAAAAUAAGGAAGGAAACAAAAACGGAACAACAAAAAAAAAAAAGAAGACGAAGGGAAAUGCAAUGAGAUAAGAGGAGCAACAACGCUCCAGCGUGGCAAUAAAACAGCGAGUCACUUUAGACCACCAACAACACAAACCCAGAAGACAAAGCGCACGUAGUUCUUAAGCUGAGCAGUCAAGCUAGUAAGCAGCAGUCAGUGAGCCGCCAACCAGCAGCCAAGCCAGCUGUUAGUCAAGGCACUCAGCCACUUGGUUGGUGUGUCAGUUGGUGAGCGAAAGUCAUCAGUCAGCCAGCCGGAAGAGUCAGUCAGUCGUCAAAAUAAUAGUCAGCCGACACGUCAGAAGCGCUUCAAAAGAUAUUGCAUGUGAAGAAUAACGCCGGUUGGCUCCGUUUAACAGACGACGUUGGCCGACGUGUGUCGAGUGUAUAGCGAGCGUGUGAGCUUGCAGCGUCUUUCGCUCGGUCCGAAAAUAUCCAACAUACAAGGCAAUGAACUUGCUGAAGCAGCUACUUGACGGCUGUUACGUGUUGUGUGGCUUCAGUUUUUUGAUUUUCCUAUAUUUACCACUCAUGCUGGCGAUGCCGGAACAAACGCGUCUGGCGAAUGAUUUCGAUUAUCGGUUGCAGCGUGCGAAACAUGUGUUGCGCGAGUCGCCGCUCAUUGAUGGACACAACGAUUUGGCAUGGAAUAUACGGAAAUUUUUGAAAAAUCGUCUGCAAGAUUUCCCAUUUGCCGGCGAUUUGCGUGAGGUGUUGCCAUGGUCGGCGAGCGCUUGGAGUCACACCGAUUUGCCGCGAUUGAAAGAGGGCAUGGUGUCGGCACAGUUUUGGUCCGCAUAUGUACCGUGCUCGUCCCAGCAUAUGGACGCCGUGCAGUUGACGCUGGAGCAAAUAGACUUAAUACGACGUCUGGUGAAUUUGUAUCCAAAUCAAAUGACUUUCGUCACAGAUGCUUCAGGAAUUGAAGAGGUGCACAAAAGUGGAAAAAUUGCCAGCCUGAUUGGGGUGGAGGGUGGCCAUUCGAUUGGCACCAGCCUCAGCGUUUUACGUAUGUUCUAUCAGCUUGGCGCGCGCUAUUUGACACUGACGCACACCUGCAAUACGCCAUGGGCGGAUUGCUGUAAGGUUGACGAGCCGGGAAAAUAUCCACAUAUUGGAGGACUCUCCAAAUUCGGCAAGUUGGUGGUGCAUGAAAUGAAUCGACUGGGCAUGAUUGUCGACCUGUCGCACGUCUCGGUGCCCACAAUGUUGGACGCGUUGAGCACCUCGAAGGCGCCUGUGAUAUUCUCGCAUUCCUCCGCGCAUGCCAUAUGCAACAGUUCGCGCAAUGUGCCAGAUCAUGUCCUGCAGAAAAUUGCAGUCAACGGCGGUCUGGUGAUGGUCGCAUUCUAUCCACAUUUUCUUAGCUGCUCGAGUCAGGCGACACUCGAGGAUGUUAUUGUGCACAUAAAUCACAUAAGAGAAGUUGCCGGUGUGGAUCACGUCGGCAUUGGUGCGGGUUACGAUGGUGUUAAUCUCGUACCCAAAGGACUGGAGGACGUUUCGAAAUAUCCACAUCUUUUUGCCGCGCUGCUUGAGUCCGAUAAGUGGACCGAGGCGGAUAUAGCGAAAGUGGCGGGGAAGAACUUAAUACGCGUAUUCAAAGAAGUCGAAGCGGUACGCGAUCGCAUGGAGCAGAAAAAAGUUCCGCCUGUCGAUCAAACGAUACCACCCGAGGAUAUAAUGGGAAGAUCAUACUGCCGUUAUCAAGGACCACGAACGUGAUUACCUUCCUAAGAGAAUGCGUUAGAGAGCCAAGGCCAUACGUAGUUGAAGAAUGGGAGAGUGAGGAGCAGAGAAUGCUAGAGUGUGGGAGAAUGGAAGAGAGCAUAACGCGCCACAACAAAACCACUUAAACAAGUAAUGACUAAUUAAAUUAACCGCAUGUGUUGGCAACAAAUUGUAAAACCAAACGAAUUUCAUAAAUUCGAUGUACUCGUAUUUCUUUCGCUGCGCACACAAACUUACAAAACCAACAAAAACACUAAAUAAAAAAAAUUAAAUAAAAAAUUGUACGAAUGUUGAAUUACGAAUUAAAUAUCUACGAAGUAUUAAUACGUUUACGAGUAAAAAUAUAAAUAGCAGUAAACUACACAAAAAGCAAAAACGAAAACUAAUAACGGUGAGCACAAAUUACAAAUUGUAGUUCUAAAAUAAGCGUGUAAGUAUACUCGUAUGUUUGUAUAUAAAAAAAAUAAAAAAAAAAAUAAGAAAAAAUUAAAUAAAAAUAUUUUUUCAAAAAAUCUUUAUCAAUGUAAUGUUUAAAAAAAUAUUAUGAUUAAAAAAAUGAUGCGUAAAUAUGCAUACUACUUGUAGUUCAAUAUUUGUAUGUAAAUUACUUUGAUUACAUAUACAUAUACAUAUGUAUGUACAUAUAUAUACUUAAGUAGCUUGAAAGCAGAUUAAGUGCGACAAUUUUGCGAAUUUCUGCUAGUAAUGGUAACGGAUUGCAUAACGGUGCAAGGGCAUUGCUUGAAAUGUAAAUAUAUUUGUAUAUGAAAGAAUACGGUAUUUAAUUUGGGCGAAACGUUAUUUACUUUGCUUUAGUUUUGACAGAUUAUGACAUCACGUGAAUAAGUAUUGAAAGUUAGAAAUUUUGUUCCUCCAAUAAUAUAUUUGCAUAAAUAUUAAAAAAGCACAAUAAUUUGAUAAUUGAAAUCGAAUAUGUGAGAUCUUCGCGUAAUCGAUAGUGCAUAAAGUCGAAAAAAUUAUCAGCGGAUAGACAAGAAAAUUCAUUUUUUUAGACUUGUGGUAAAUGUAAACAUAAGAAAUACAAAUAUUUCAAUAUAUAAUGGGAUUUUCGAUAAGGAUGCUACAAAAGUAGACCGAUAGGGACGGCAAAUGACGCCAUAUUUUUUCUCUUCAGUAAGGUUUGCCAUUUCAUAAUAAAAAGACAUGCGAACCAACAACGAGUCGAAAUUAUUAAAAUUUACUACCAAAAUUCGGAAUCAGUGGCCUGAACUUUAAGAGCGCUACGGCCAAUUUAUGGUUGUCAUAAUCGCCCUGUCAGAUCAACAAUUGAGCGUGUAGUGGAAAAAUUUGAGUACACAGGACCAAAUUCGUUGACAUAAGUGUAUUGUAGCGGGAGGGGAUUACAUUGAAGGAGAUGAAAUGGACAAAAUUCACCUUUCAAUUUGAUCACAGUAGUAAAUGCAAGUUUCAUUAAAAGUAAAGUCGUGUUCGACUAGUUUCAGCUCCCGGUUCUAGGGUUAAUAGAGAGAGAGAGAGAGGAUGAGAUAAAUAUAGAAUAUUUAAUAGUUUUGCUGCCCUUCCGGUGAUAGUUUUUUACUUCUCGAAUAAAAUUCAGAAAAUAAUAAAAAUAAUCGAUCGGUACAAUUUGUUAAGGUGUACAUCAUAUUAUAUUUCCAACCAAUGGCAAAAUGGUACCUUAGUUUAAAAUAUCUUUCCAGCAGAGAGCGCACUGGCUGCCUGAAUUUUUGAAAAAAAAAGAAACUUUGUUGGAAAAGGGUACGUGUAAUAUUCUAAAAUAAGGCAACACGGAUUAAAAUAAGCUUUUCAGAAUAAAUUUGAACAAAGAGAAUAACUAGACAAAAGAUUAUUCCAUUUGGAACAUUAAAAUAUUAUUGAUAAAUAUAAAAACUAAUAGGAACGAACUCAAGUUAUCGGUCAAAGCAUGCCAAUUAAUUGAUACAAAAAUUUUGAUAUAAAUUUAUCGCUAAAUUAAGUUUAUCAUUGCGAAAUAUCGAUAUAAAUUUCUCGAUUACAUUUGGAGCAUCAUAAUUUUAUCGAUAUGGGAACGAUAAUUAUCGUUAAAUGAAUGACAGUUUAUCGAUAUAAAAAUAUCGAUUUAAAUUUAUCGAUAAAAUAAAAUUAAUCGAUGUUAUAUAUCGAUAUAAAUUUAACAAUUGCAGUUUGAGUCUUAAGAUAUUAUCGAUAGAAAUAAAAACUCAUGGAAUGAUCGAAAAUUAUCGCAGAAUGCAUUGCAAUUUAUUGAUAUAAAAAUUUGUGUUUAAAUUUAUCGAUAAAAUUAAGUUUAUCAUUGCAAAAUAUCGAUACAAAUUUCUCGAUUACAUCUGGAGCAUCAUAAGUUUAUCGAUAUACGAACGAGAAUUAUCGUUAAAUGAAUGACAGUUUAUCGACAUAAAAAUAUCGAUAAAAUAAAACUCACCGAUGUAAAAUAUCGAUAACAAUUGAAGUUUGAGUUUUAAAAUAUUAUCGAUAGAAAUAAAAACGCAUUGCAAUUUAUAGAUAUAAAAAUAUUGGUUCGAACUUAUCUAUAAAAAGAAACCGAUUGAUUCAAAAUAUCGAUAUACAUUUGCGGAUUUCAUUUUAAAAUUAUUCGAAAAGUAUCAAACAUUGCUUAUCAUUGGUGCAUUAAAAUAUUGUCGAUAAAAGAAAACUAAAGGGACGAACGAAAAUUAUCGCGCAAUGCAUGAUAUGCAAUCAAAAAUAUGGUUUAUGGUGAAUUUAUCGAUCAAAUUAAAUCGAUACAAAAUAUUAAUACCACUGUAUAUUUUGAUUCCAUUUUUAACAAGAAAAUAUUAUCGAUCGAAAUGAAAGCUACUAGAAACGAGCGAAAUUUAUUGAAUAAUGCGCAUCAGUUUAAAAUCGAUUCGAAUUUUCCUAAAAAAAUUUAAAAAAUUUAUCGACUUUAAAAUAUCGAUGAAAAUUAUUGAUGAAAAUUAAUCGAUAUAAAAUAUCGAUAUACUUUUAUCGAUAUGAAUUUACUGAAACAAAUUAAUAAAAAAUGAUACUUUGAAUAAAUCUGCACUGAAAAAUAUUUUAUUAAAAUCGAUAGACGCCACAUUUCACGUUAGUAUGUGAUAAGUCAUAUUCAAAAACUUAACACACGUUAUUGGUGAACAUAAAUUUCAGUACAGCAAUUAAAGUUUGAUGUUGUUUACAAACGAAACCAGGAUUUCGAUUAAUUAUUUUGGGUUUCUAUUUAACCUUAUUUUAAUAAUGUUAUUUCUACUGCUGCACCAACCAUACAAAUUUUAAUAAAUACAUUCAAAUAUGCCACAGAUAUUCUUUGAAUAAAUUUUUGCUUAAAUUUUAACGUUAUAUAAAACCGAAAAUUAAUAUAAAAGCUGGUAAAUAUACUUAAAUAUGUAUAUGUCAAUUAAUUUUUAUUGAUUUUGUCAAAUUUCUUCGGCUCAUAAUGAAGCCAAAUGUCAUAUUUGGUGACACAUGCGGUGAUGUAACAGCAUGCAUACAUAUGCAUAUGUUAUAUAUAUAUAUAUAUAUAUAUAUAUAUAUGUAUAUGUAUAAAAUCAUUAAUAAACGGUAUAAUAAAUUAUGGUAUUUCAUUAAUAUUAUUUUUGUUGUUUUUGCUUACCAUAUUUGACAAAUUAUCCCGCUUUCACGUCUAAAAUUAUUGCGCUCAACUGAAAUUAAUAUACUAAAUUUGCUGGAAAUAAAUUUAACCACAAGAGCAAGCAGAUUAAGCGCUUACAUACGUAUGUAUUUAGUAUAUAUAUACAUGUAUAUUGUACAUACAUAUGUAUACAUUGUUGGUAAAUUAGCAUUUAAGACUAAUUAGUGAUUAAUAAAUUAGAAAAUACAAUUUAACCAAACCGUUUGCGUCGAGCGCUUAAACUUAUAUACAUACAUAUGUAUAUGUAUGCAUAAAUCAAAAGUGAUAAAUAUGUAAUAUAUUAUAUAAAAUAAUAUAUAAAUAUUGAAUACAUAUAAAUACCAUUCUUAUGUACAGUUAAGCUCAAAUAGCUAGUAAAUAUUAUCUCGAGGCCACAAUUAUAUAUACAAAACUGUAUAUAUUAUAUAUAUAAAUAGUGAUUAGAUAUUACAUAUGUAUGUACUAGGCAUUAUAGUUAUAUACAUAUGUACAUAGUAAUAUAUAUAUAGUAUAUGUAGAUAUAUAUAAAUAUAUAUAUAUAUACUAAAAGGAUUACAGGACUACUUAAACGAAAGCUAUGUACUUACUUUAAUAUUUAACUAAAUAAUUAGUAAUUAAGCUGCUGUUAAAUACUUAAUCCAAAUGGGCACACAAACAACAAACAACUGAUUGCCAUCAUACAUACAGGUGGUGCAUGUGUCAGAGUCAUUAAUUAUACCGUUAAAAUACAACCCAACGAUUUCUUUAGGACUUCACACUGAACUUCUUUAAAAUGAUUGCAGAAUAUUGGCAAGACUAUUGGUUAUCACGAAGAUUUAAGCCCCGAGUUUGGAGCUUUUGAUCCGCCUAAGUUUUAGCUAAUCCAGAAAAAUUUCUUUGAAGAACAUUGAAGCCAACCAAGCGUCCAUUUGCUUCCAUAAAAAAGAUCUUUGGCAAGACUAUUUGUUAUCCUGCCAACCUUUUCGACCUUUUGACCUAAAUUUUAGCUAAUCCACAGACAUUUCUCCCAUUUGCUUCCAUAAAACUUUGAUUUCUCACAAAAUCUCACACGUCAAGGUAAUAUUGAGAACCCAUGUGUGAUAUUUGUUUGAAACUGGUCACAGCUUAGAUCACAUCUCUAAUUUUUUUGGUUGGUGGAGUUUUGGAAUAUUUUUUUUUAAUAUUCACUAUUUUCCUUUGUAUUUUAUAAAAAGGCAUCGCGGAUUAAAAAAAGAUUUUCAGAUGAAACUCGAAAGCAAAAAACAACUAAACAAGAGAUAAUUCCACUUGAAGCACUAAAAUCGAUAAAAACUAAUGGUGACGAACCAAAAUUAUCGGGCAAAGAAUUCGAAUUUGUUGAUAUAAAAAUUCUGACUUGAAUUUAUCGAUAAAAGUAAAUUUAUUAUUGCGAAAUAUUGCUAUAAAUUUAUCGAAUACAUAUGGAGCAUCAUAAUUUUAUCGAUAUACGAACGAAAAUUAUCGUUCAAUGCAUGACAAUUAUCGAUAAAGAAAUAUCGAUAUAAAUUUAUCAAUUGCAUUCGGAGCCUCAAACUUGUAUCUGAUUUCAAUUGCGGCGGUCGUUUCGAUCGUAAAACUAUCAGCGGUAGAUUUGACAGAUUUCAGGCAUUCACUGAACGGGUUGUGGAUUAUGCCGAAAGGUCUUCCUAGCCAGAAAUGCAUUCGUAGCACUGAUGUUGUUUGUUGAGGAACUAUCAAUUUUAGUCUACGAUUUAUAGGCAAUACUCAAGUUUUCUGACCAACUAGAUAAGGUUAGGUUGGGUUAUUCUUGUAGACUGGUAAGCCACGCCUAUACCAGAUUUGGUCUUUUGCAAUAUUAGAUGGAGCUCCGUUACGAAGUCCAUAAGGAGUAGUAAUAUUUUAGAAUGCCUGUGUUUGAUGUGAAUUUCAAUGAAUUCUGUGGGCUCAUUAUCAAUAUAUCUUCCAGUGCCUCAUACCGUGAAACCCCCAAAUGCUUAAUGCUUACCCUUAUCAAUGCGAGACAAGUGCACAAGAGAUACUUUUGCAGUCUUUCUAUCUUUUACAACAUUCUGCAUGCGUGUGCUGCCACAAGAAUGUGACCAGUGAGUUUUUCAGUCA